AUGGAAAAAAUUCAAAAUUACCUUGAUAUGCUCAUAGCAUUUACUACUCAAGAAUUAUUAAAAUGGGAUGAAUUUUGUAUUCGGUAUGAAUCUGUCUUACGUACAGAAACUGACAUAUUUUCCAAUGAAGUUGAUCCAUCGGAGUCUGAAAAACGUUGGCGUGACUUACACCUACGAGUGGUUGAACAUAACAUUCGUGUAAUAUCUGGUUAUUAUACUAAAAUUCGUCUUCAUCGCUUAGCACAGUUAUUAGACUUGGACAUUGAUAAAGCAGAAGAGUAUUUAUCGAAUUUAGUUGUGAGUAAGACAGUCUACGCGAAAAUUGAUCGACUUGAAGGUGUUGUACAUUUCACGUCAAAAAAGAUGCCCACUGAAGUUUUAAACGAUUGGUCUUACAAUACUCGGAACCUAAUGGCAUUGAUUAAUCAAACAACACAUCUUAUCAAUAAGGAACGUAUGAUUCAUGGUGUAUAA